AUGUCGAAAAAGAUCGGUUUUUCGGUGAGAUCGCGUGAAUCGGGAAGGUGGCCAAAUCGCCAAAUCAGGCCCGAUUUAUUCGCCAAGUUGCAAGGAGACGAGGAGAAGAGACGCGAGUCGCAAAACGUCAAAGCGGAGGACGAAGGAGGCCCAAUAGUGAAAGGAAGCCGCCAAAGAGCCGAAAGGAAUGAACAUGCCACAAUGAGUGGUGACAGACAAUGUCGUAGGUUGUCAGAUGUCGAAGGGUGCCAGAUGAAGGUAGAGCAAGUGAGUGGAACAUGGAGGGAAGAAAAGAUAGUGAGAGCGAUUGUCAGCACACUGUGCUUCAGCAUUGUAGAGCCAUUCAACCAGCGCUUCGCAGCGAGAUCCGCUAUCACCAUGUCCGACAGUCGAAGGAGAUAUAAGGAUUCGCCAGCAAUUUCUCGAGAUCCACCCUCCUUCCUUCUCGUCAGAGAUCUUGACCUCUACCGUGCUGCACCCCACCUCCAGGACAGCAGCAUGCAUCCCAAAGCUAGGUGA